AUGGGGCUUCCCCGGCAAAUCCUCAACCCCGACCUGCUCGCCGAGGGUCUUCUGGUGUCUGACCUGCCCCCUUGGCUCGCCCUACUCGCCCCCGGACUACGCGUCCACCCUGGCCGGCCACCCCUAUUCGCCUCCAGGCCCCACGCACAGCCCGGCCCAUUACCCCGACUCCUCUUCAAUCGGUUAAUCCUCCCCGAGCUACUUAUAUCCCUGGUCUGGGCCUUCGUCGAAGAUCAGGCAACGUUCCCUACGCCAACCCUACUUUUAGAGAGGCUUCUCAGGCGGCUCAUCAAGCACGCUCGACUUCGCCGCCGAGCCCCCCCACCUGUGCCAGACUCGGGCCCUUCCUCUAUCCCUUCUCCUUCACAUCCGGUUGCAACUGCCUCUCCUUCGCCUCCUAUUGCGACUCCACCUCCUAUCUCGAGCCAGGCAGAUGCUUCGCCAGAUCCUUCCGUGGUUCCAGUUGAGCCUCCCACAACCCAACCUUCUCCUCCAGCUCACCCUCCUACUCAACCUUCUACCUCGCAGCAGCACCAGAGCACCAAGGCUGACCCCUCGCAUCGCUCCCCGCCAGUUACGUCACCGCCUGAGCCAUCUCCUGUGCCCCCCUCGGCUCCUUCUGUGUCGGUCGCUGGACCUUCUGGAUCAACUGCGGGGCCUUCUGGAUCAGCUACAGGGCCUUCACAACCUCCACCACCUGUUCCUCAAUUUUAUCGUACCACUGCUCCUUCUGAGGUUGGGUUGCAGUCACGGCAUGAUGUUUCCACCAGCUUCUUGAUAAUGAAAGGUCGUUUAGCUAACCUGUGGGAAGAAAGCAUGCAUCAGAUGGAACUCUUACCGCCCCUUGCUCAGAUGGAGAGAUUCUCUGAGCUAUAUAUCAAGGCUUGUGCAGAGUCUUUGGCAAUAAACCAGUCCUUCCAUGCGGUUCACCAUCAAAAUAAGAUGCUACAGGACAAAGUAACUAAACUGGAGCUUCAAUUGAAUAACCUGGCGCAGGCUAGUCAUGCCCUAAGAACUGAAGUAAAAGAGCUAACCAAAGGGAAGAAUAGUCUGGAAUUAUCCUUGGCGAUUUCUAACCACGAGCUUAGAGGUCUUCAAGAAGAAAAAAGCCAAGUUGAAGUUAUGCACCAGCAAUGA